AUGAUUUGCAUCCGUAAGCACGCUUUAAUCGAUUAACAGUAUGUCUUAUUUAUUGAGGAUGACAAAAUAUGCAUAGGAAAGAAUUAAAUAAAUCCUAAGUAUGUUUUGCCCAUAAAUUUGUAGUCCAAACUCGAAUGGAGCUUUGACAAAGAACUAUGCCAAUUUAAUGGAUUUAUAAUUGAAUGGGAAAAUAAGAAAAAACUAUUUCAUAUGUCAGAUGGAAAUUGCAAAAAGCUGAAAUCUCAAAUUGAUGGAAAAAUACUAUAUAACGAGAUAAAUUCCUAAUACUUUCCUGUUUAAAUAGUGGGAGAAGGGACUUUUGGUAAAGUUAUUAAGGUGGUUAGCCUAUUAGAUGGGAAGGAGUAUGCUUGCAAAGUAAUGAAGUUAGAUAAAAAGUUUUCGAAAAACGAUAUAAUUUAUGAGUUGAUGACAAUGUAAUCGUUGAGCCACGAGAAUAUAAUCAAAAAUAAGGAGGUGUAUUGUUCUAACUCUCAUUUCUUUAUAAUAAUGGAAUAUUGUAGAGGAGGAACUCUCAGAGAAUAUCUAGCCUAUAGAACAUUGAAUCAGGAUUAAAUAGUGAUGAUAAUGAAGUAAAUUUUAAAUGCAGUCAUCUACAUGAAUUCAAAAGGAUACAUUCACAGAGACAUAAAGCCAGAAAAUAUUUUAUUGAGGGAACAAAAUGAUCUAUCAAAUGUACUAGUUUGUGAUUUUGGAUUCGCUGCCAAAGUCGAAGAUAUUUUAACCAAACAUCCCAAUUGUGGGACUCCUGGCUACAUGGCCCCAGAAGUCAUCAAAUAUGAUUAGACAAAUCCUUAUAACGAAUAAUGCGAUGUCUUCAGUUGUGGUUCUCUAUUGUAUUCAAUAUUGACUGGGUACAAUCUUGAAAUGCAAAGUGAAGAAAGUGAAAUCUACAAUAUAGAGGCUCAGGUGUAUGAGGAGAAACAAUUCACUUCGUACAAUAAUUAAUUCAAGAAUAUUCUACUCAAAAUGCUAGACCCUAGUCCUCAUUUAAGGAUUACUGCGAAGGAUGCUCAAAAAUACUUUGACAACUUCGAUUCAUUCGUUCUAGAAGAACUGAACUCACUUGAUGUUAUUCAAGAAGUGAAACACAUUUGUAUCUAAAAGCAUGAGUUCCACUCAUUUUGAUUCUCCUUUUUUAUGUUGAUCGAGUUAAUUUGUUUUAUAAA